AAUCCGUCAUCUUUCGAGUAGAUACAUAAAAACCAUAAUUAAGCGCUAGAAGAUUUUUGUUUGUAAAAUAACGUUAUCGUACACUUUGUACGUCAACAGUUAAGUUUAUAGUACAAUCUCACCAAACAUUGAAUAUAACAUAGAUGUAACAAAAAAAUUUAUGAAAAUCAGCUUUUUUCGGCCGAUUACAUGACCUUUCUCUUUUAAGGUCCGUUUACAAUAGGAUUGGUCGUAGGGAAUAAAGUAGUAAGACGUAAGCAGUAGCGUAAUUUAUACGAACACGUGUGUUCACAAUGCGACGUUGUAACGAUAUAAGGCCGGCCAAUGAAAACAAAUUGUUUGAAAUCACAUGCAAAACAGUGAUGUAUUUUGAGUUGUUUAUUUUUGUGGUUAGUAUAAUUAUGGAUUGGAGAAAAAUUGGAUUGUUUCUUUUAUUUUGCCUAUCUUGGCAAAAUUUAUAGUUAUUACAAUAGCAAGCUAUAAGAAGAAGAAGAACGAAGCAACGGCGUCGGUUGAUUCGGCCUGUAAACAGAUUACGAAAUGCUCAAGGAUUUUAUCAUAAUCUUGUUCAAGAAUUGAUUCAGAGUGACCACGAGGAAUUCUUUGAAUUAUACAGAAUGUGGCGUGAACAGUUCAAUUUAUUAGUAAAUUUGCUUCAUCUUCAUAUUAAGAAGAACAGCAUUCGGAGACCUCUUUCUUCAGAACUGCGCUUAGCUGUCACUUUGUUAUAUUUAUCUCAUGGUGAUAGCGCUAAAUUAAAACAUGCAGAAUUUAGAAUAGGCAAGUCAACUGUUCACAAAAUAGUAAAUGAGACUUGUCAGGCGAUUUGGAUAGCGCUACAACCAAUUGUUUUGAAACCUCCUAGUAAAGAAGAUUGGAAAUCUUUCAGCGAAGAAUUUAUAAGAAAGUGGCAAUUUCCAAAUUGUCUGGGAGUAAUAGAUGGACGUCAUAUGAGAAUUCAGGCACCACUCAAUUCUGGAUCGACAUUCUUCAACUAUAAACAAUUUUUCAUCAUGAUGCUGCUUGCCAUCUGCGAUGCAUCAUAUAAGUUUACUUGGGUUGACAUCGGGCAAUAUGGUUUUAUAAGUGAUGGUAGAGUGUGGGCUAACACUGACUUUGCAAAUGAUAUCGCUGCAGGCAAUUUACCCUUGCCAGAUCCCACACCACUUCCAGAAACAAAUAUUCCUUUUUCCUUUGUGUUUAUUGGUGAUAAAGCUUUCCCACUUUCAACAUAUAUGAUGCGGUCCUAUCCUCGUAAAAAUCUGACUGAUGACAUGAGGAUUUUUAAUUAUCGCUUAUCACGUGCACAGCGUACGAUAAAGAAUGCCUUUGGAAUUUUGACUGCACGAUGGCGUAUCUUAUACAAACCUCUUUGUAUGUCGACAACCAACAGUGAAAAUGUGAAGGCUCUCGUCGGUCUACAUAAUUUUAUUAUGUAUGGAGAAGAACAAGAAAAUAUGAACAAUCGUCAAUAUUGUACAACAGAUUUAAUUGAUACCGAGAAGCGUGAUGGUAGUAUUAGAGAAAGACAGUGGAGACGGCACUUUCCCCCACAUUUUGCUGAACUCGGUCAAUUAGAUGUUAACCGUGCAGAUUCUAUAACGAAAGAAAUGAGAAAUAUCCUUAAAGGAUACUUUGUUUUUCCAGUUGGUGAAGCUCCAGCUCCAUGGCAAUACGAAAACACGUUCAGAGGAGCUAUUAUUAAUCCUCUUGUGAUAUAAUUUCUUAUACAUAUGAUAUACAGAAAAAAUUUAUUAUUUCUGAAUUUAUUUUGAUUUUAUAACUUGAAGUAACUUUAUUAUAUAUUCAAAACAGUUUUUCUUUGUUCUCAGAAUUAGAUUUUGCUGAAUAUCUAAAAAUUAGCUGGAUACAGAACUGAAAAUAAUUUUAUUGGAUCUUCGAAAUAGUUAUGAUAAAUUUUAAGCAAUAAAUAAUGGGCAAUGCUACAAAACGUUUUAAUACUCUAGCAGCUUUAAUGUUCCUACGUAAUUGUUUUGAUGGUCCAACAAAAUUAUUUUCAGAUUUGUAUCUACCUAAACUUGUAUCUUAGCAAAAUUGUUUUAU